AUUUGGGUCCUGACCCAUAGGUUGGGAAACUCUAGGCAAUUCUGUAGAGCCCUCCUCUUAAUGGAGGAUGGUCCUAGGGAUAACCUUCUUAGUCCUGAGACAUGGUUCCCCACACUUCUCCCUAGUCCAUCUAACCAGUACAGGGAGACUCCAGUACAUCUGUUCCAUGUAAAUUUCUUGAACUGUCCAUAUUUCAGUGGUGCAUUUUAAAGAAGUGUGCCAUUCUUAGAAACAGUAGUAUCUAAAGAAUGUGUACUCCUGUGUGUUCCUUCAUCCCUCAACAAAAUUUAGGAAACGUAGUGCAUAAAACUAUUCAUGUAAUAGUAAAUUGGUACCGUUAAAGUACUCAGAAAAUGAAGAGAUUAAGGUUUUGAUAGUUAACUAUUCCAAAUAGAAACUGGUAACUCAGUGAGUAGGGUAAUUUCUGCAUAUUUUUUUCACCUGUACAAGGGAUUCUAUUAAGGGGAAUUAUGAUUGAUUAUGAUUGAUUUGGGGUUUAAUGAAUGAUUAUCAUUCUGUUUCAUAUUGGGACACUUUUCAUUGUAUUUAAAUCGACUUACUGCUCUAGGUGCUACUUUGCCAAGACUUUAUUGGUGUUCAGUUUAAAUCUUCUCUGGACAUACCUCUCUCCCUGAGGAUAGGAAAGACCAAUAUGGUAUCUUCAACAGUGUUUCAGAAAGGAAGGAAAGUUUCCAUGCUAAGUGCUUACAGUUUGUUUAUUUGCCUUUAUUAACCUUCCUAAAUGUGUUUGAAUGUGUGACUUUCUCCCUCCAUUUCACCCCCAAAAUCUACUUUCUACGUCCAGAGCAAGGACUGGUUGAGCAGGAGGACCCUCAGAUAAACCAGAGUGGGAAAGAAGUUUCAAGAAUUUGCUGCACUGAAAUGGCAGAGCCUCUGAAGAGUAAAGACACACUCCCAAAGAGACCAAGGAGGGCUGUUGCAUGUUUUGCAUGGUACCAAGGCAGGGGCCUUCAAUCUUAUAAAUCUCAGAAGGUGGUUGGGAGAAGGAAUUAUAGUGGUGUUAAAUCAGAAGAAAACCAAACAAAUGUACAGGUGACACCUGAAAUUCUGCCAAAGCCCACUGAAGAAAUACAAGGUAUGAAGGCUGUUGGGACUAGGAUAUUUAGUAAAGCAGGACACGGGAAUUACAGAGUGAGUAAAGGUCUUCCAACUGAGACAAAUGAAUGCCCAGAUAUAGACGUUAUCACGGCCAGUGGUGAGGUUUCAGAAACCAGUACUUUAUUUUCCAUAGAGCCUUUAACAGUUGUGGAGACUGGCUCAACAAAAGAAUAUCCUCACGAAGAAAAAGAAUAUAAAGGAUUAACAACCUGUACUACUAUAUCAUUGACCACAAGGGAUUGUACAAUCUCUUAUUCGGAGACUGGAGAAAUAGGCUUGUUUAGAUCAAGCCAUGUUAAUGAAAGUAAUAUAACACCUGCCAGUUACCAGACUUAUGAGCAAGAUGAAGAAAACAACCCGCAUAACUACAGUGCUUUUCAUAUAUCUCAAAGUAGUGAAGUUGAUAUACCUCUCUCAAAAGAAAGUUCUGAAGCUUUAAGGGCUCCACUGAAGAGUUUGUGUGGUCUGGAUUCUGAAAAUAUGCCACUAGAAGAGAACACUGAGUUCUGUGAAAUACAGGAAGCAUAUCUUGCUAAUGAAAGAGAGAGACCAAGUUGUAAUGGUGGUAGUCAAAGAACUGAAUUUCUGAAGAACUGGAUCUCCAGACCUGUGAUGGAAGAACAGCUCUCUCCAGUCCAGAGUGGAGAAAUAGCCACUGAUAAGGCUGAACAAUUGGAAAUGGAUAGUUGCACUGACCAUUCACCCAGUUGUGGUUAUGGGAAAGUUGCUGAAAUCAGGAGAGAAACUGCAACAAAGAACAGUUGUGACAUGAAUAAUGGGCAUGACGUUCAUUCAGAGAGCUCUGAUUUGCCAAUUCCUAGUUCUGUUGCUUCAUCAGCAGAAUUUCCACCAGGAGACUUAAUCUCUUCAGAAAUUAACUUUAAAAAGGAUGGGAACCAGUGGCAAAUAGGUAUUAAUGAUGUAUGUUGGGGUGGUGUAGUAAAACGAUGUACAAAGGAAAAUAACACUUUAUUGGUGAAUACAAAAAACCUUGUCAGUAUUGAGACUGGAGACUUGCAUACAUGUUCUAGUAAUGGCUACAAUAAAUAUGCAAACUCUCUUCCCACUGUUCAUGACUCUCUGGACUAUGGCACCAAGUUGGAUGAUGUUUUUCUUGAAGCACCACUGGUUGAAAAAGAAGUUAGCAGCAGUUCAGUGAUAGAAGAUCUGGAUAAUAGUUCUGAAAAAACUCCAGAAGCAAUUGGUGUUAAUGUCAACCUGCCUACGUACAAAGAAACAGACUUUACUUGCACAUCAAGUGAAGCUCUUGGUCAUGAUGCAAAAGAAUCAAGAGUACCUCAGGGGCUUCCAAGUGAACCUUAUUAUGGUAAUGCCGAUGCAGUUUCAAACAGAGAUUUGUGCCUGGACAGGCUACCUAAAAACAUACCCCUCCUUGCUUCUGCAAAGCUGGAAGCACAAUCUGUGGGCCUUCAGCUUAAGAAUGAAGAAUUGUCUUUAGCAAAUCAUAGUUUCAAUAUUACUUAUGUAACAAGUAAAGGUUCCCAGAAAAGCAUGAACUCUGUACUGAGGCAUACAAAGAAGAUUGUCACCAAUAUGGAAAAUGAAAAAAGUGACACGUGUAUUCAUAAUGACCAGUAUAUGGAAUACCACUGUUCAGCUGUUAAGGACUGUUUCAUCUUAUCUGAUGGUACCAGCUUGGAUAAUGCUAUGCUGAACAAGGAUUCUUUUAAAGCUCAGAUUGAGUUGAAGACUGAAAAAGCUACUUGCUUGGAAACACAACAGUUACUUGUACCUAAUGAUGAAAAAGCAGUCAGCCUUCCUGAGGAGAACAUUCAUUUAGCAUGUGAAUCUGUUCCUCGUGCAGAUGAUUGGAAUUGCAAUUGUGUGUUUAAGAAGAUGCCAAAUUAUACUUCCGCAGCAGAAAGGUUGUUGCAUUCAGCUGGCAUUCUUGAUGAUCUAAUAAUGGACUCAUUGGAAGUGAAGAGUUCAAAUACAAAUAUUGAGGUAGAAAGCUUGAAACGCUAUGAUGAUGCUUGUGAAAAUACAAAGGAAAGGCUAGAUUCUGACAACAUAGAAAAAAUUACUGUUACGGGUAAGGGACAAGAACAGAUUAACUCUUGUGCAUUACAGAAAGAUGAAAAGGAUAAAAUAGAAAUUCUGGAUAGUGUAAACGCUUACAAAGACAGUCACCAUGAUGAGGCCAGUGAGCAGUCAGUCAGCACAGAUGUGAACAAAAGCAAGGAUCAAGAUGGACACCAAAUAUACAACACAACAGUGGUCCUGGGAGAGAGAGAACUAAAGAUGUACAAGACGACUGCAUUACCUUGUGAAUACCAUCUCUCUGAAGACACUGUUUCAAAGAGUGAUGCAGACUCCAGUAUUCCAAGUCACAAAACAUGUUCUAAGCAAUCCUUUGAUUUAGAAUUGUCAUGUUUUCAACAUUCAGAGCAACUAAAUGAUACUGUUUGUCAGGUGGAAAAUCAAAAUCUUGCGUGUCAAAUUGAGCUUAUUGGACCAGUUUCUCACAAGCAAAAUGAAACCCGGGUAGCAAAUGAAGUUCUAGAGUUCCAACACUGUGACUUGGACAACUCAAAGCACAUAUCAAACACUGGUGUGCAAACUAUAACAAGUUCAGUGGAACAACCUGUGAGAGCAAUCUCCUCCAAGGAAAAUGAAUUGUUAACUCUAAAAGAUGAAAAGAGAACUCGAUUGAUUCAUGAGUUUUUAGAAGAAAAGAUUUUUCAAGGACCUUACCAAAAAAUUAUGGUAGAUACAGACUUAUCAGAAUAUACAGUCAUCAGUGAUUCAUCAGAAGCAAAGAAAGUAGAAUUAAAAGAAUCCAAUAAUGUAGGUGCCGGUUCCAGGGAAGAUCAUGGAAUUUUUAAAGACAGUACAGUAAAUGCAGACCAUUCAGAAUACACAGACUCUGUCAGUAGUGCAAAGGAGGAUCAAAAAGAAUAUACAAUACUGGUAGAAAAUUCCAAACUUUCUCCAUUAGUGAACAUUGGUAGCUUGGUUAUGGAUCCAGAAAAUAAAAUUAAGACCAUUGUUGAUUCCUUUUCUGUCUUUCUUUCAGCCUCCAAGAGUCUUUCAUGUGUGCCAGAAGAAACAGCUAUCAUUCCAGGAAUCAGAAGAGAAACCUGCUUACUGUUGGAUUCUGCAGUAAAUCAUAGAAUUGUAGAAAUAAAGAAAACUUGUCCUCAGUCAGGAUUUGUGACUUUUACAGUUGCUGAUGGUCCAGAGAGCAAGAACCCAGUGCAGUCAGAAGAAUUCUGUGUGAACCAAGAGCUUUCCAGUGCUAAAGAUGUAAUUUCUGAAACCCCUUUAGCUCUGAGCUCAGAAAUCUGCCUACCACAAAGAGAUGAACUGCUUGCAACAUCUUGGAAUGUACAAAUAGCUGACCAGGAUUCAUCUUCAACGCAUGCCCUCUGUAAUGACUACUCUGCUACAGACCCUCUUGUGCAGACACUUGAGAGAAGAACUGAUAGCAGUGACAGCUCAUCUGAAGCGAGAGAGAAAGCAAUUGGCUCCCUAAAUGAAGUUAAAUUAGAAGUGUAUACGGCAAGUCAUGCUCGCAGCAGUGAGAGUUCUGUAAGUGCAGGGGAUAGCGAGCCAGUUGUAAAAGAGAUGGAUGUAACUUCAUCUGAUAAUAGUGAUUGUGUCGCCGAUCACUCAGAAUUAGUAAGUGUUAAGUUGCUUUCAGAAACUGUAGACAGUUAUCUGGAGUCUAAAGACUUAAUUAACAGUGAGACAUCAGACAUCCAUCAGACAACAGAUAGCAGGAAGCCAUCAAAAAAUGACACAGAAGCAUCUUUAAAAUGUCUCGAUUUCAGUGAAGUGUGUCAGUCUUAUGAAUUAAGUUCACACAGCAAAGACAACAGCAAUGAAGUUAGAGACUCAAUGAAGACUCCACAUGACUCAGUCAGUGCAGAAAAUGAGGUGCCUGAUGCAGAAAGACUGGCGUUCACCUACUUUGUCCAAGCUCUUAAGCAACAGAUGUGUGAAGAAACUGAAGUAUGUCCAGCUCGAAACUUUCUACUCCAUGUGGGACACAUGCAACAAAUACAGGAGUCAAAAGACCAAGAGUCAGCAAAAAUCCCAUUUCAGGGCAGUGUGGUGUAUGAUACUGAGUCUUUAGAAGCUUCAGAUGAAUUGGUGGUAUCUUCAGUAGUUACGAAGACUGAAAGUCCUAGAAAGCAGUUCUUUGCUGCCAUAAGCAGUAUUAGUGAUGAUAAACAAAUAUAUAGCACUUUACAAGAAGUCAAAAGGCCAAAGAUUUCUAAGAAUGAUGAUUCAGAGCAUAUGAAGACUAUGGCCUCAGAAGUGGAAAGCCUGAGUGUUCAUUUAGGGUCUCGCAUUGAAUUGUCAGCAGAUAAUACCCCUCUUGUUCCUUUUCCUCUCUCACUACCACAAGCUAAAAGCUUUGCUAAGGAUGAUGAAAUCCAUGGUGCCUUUAGAAACACAUGCAAAUCAAAAAGACUUUUCCCAGUAAAGCAGCAGACAAAAAGGAAGUGCGUAAAAACUCCCACAUGGGAUGAACUUAAAACUGUGAGAGAGAAUAAAAAAGUUAAAAGCUCAGCUUUUAAAAGGAAUUCCCCUGAUGCUGUUCCUAUGCAAGAACACAACCUUCUCAGCCCUAUAUAUUUUGCACGUACACGAUCAGCAAAGAAAGUAGAAAUAGCCAGGAGACUGAACCUCAUGUCAAAGAAGAAAGCCAAUAAGUGCAGUUUGUUGAACCGUUUGAAACUUAGUAAAUGUACCAAAGAACCAACACUACUAAGCAGACUGUCUACAAUGGCCAGUAAUUUACUGGCCUUACCCAAAAGCAGCCACAAGUUAAAGACUCUGCAAUGUUCCUCUGAACUACCAAUGAUUGAAAGGUCCAGACAAACUAGAUCUAAAAGACUACUAGAAGUUUUUUCAUGCAUUAACAUGAAGAUAAAAUCUCAGCAGGGUGAUGGCUUGUGCACCAAAAUGUUCAGCUUUCAGCCAUUGGCACUUUAUCCUGUAGUCUCUUCCAAAAUGUACAUUUUAGACUUAAGUAGCAACAUUCCAUCAGUCUUCAAUACUCCCAUUUCCCCAAUUUCUUUUCACAUAAAUUUGGACUUUGAUUCUUUGAUAAACCUCACAGGGAUUACAUCCCAACAUUGUGUACCUGAUAGACCAGCUUUAGGAGAGGCACUAGUACAUCCGUGUCAGCCUUCAAAAUGGACUUUCUCUUUCCUCCUGCCCCAAAGCUGCUCAGAUAUAACAGCUUUCAGGGAAGACACCAAACUCAGUAAUGAGCUGCACUCUUCUGGUCUGUCUCUAACCACCACAGAGGCUGUAACCUCUAGUGAUAAUUGUAGGAGAAAUCCCAUAGCUAAAAGAGCAGGGUGCUCCAUGCUUGGCCUUCACACAGUGCUAGCACUUUCUUCCCCUCAAUGUUACAGGAUCUGGACAAGAAGAAGAAAUGUAACCAGUCGAAUUCCUACUGUCCAGAGACUUUUUAUAUCGCAAAUCACACAGGGCUUGACAGGGUUAAGGUCUCCAAAUUCCGUAUCAGAUGACCUCUUCUCUUCAUUGCCCAACUCACUGGGCAAGGUACUUGCCUUAUGGAUCCAGCAUGGCCCUUCUGCCUGUCCCUCCGAAUUCACUCCUCUCCAUUCCAAUCACUGCAAGUGGCAGCCAAGUCUGGGCAUCGAGAGCAGUUAUGUUGUGUUACCACACAUGACUGUCCUGGGACCCAAAGCUGCAAGGACCACGGGUGUGGACAUAAGGCUGGAACAUUCGCUCUCUGAUUGGCUACCAAAAUCUUGCAUGUUUCCAGAAUUGGCAAUAUCUCCACUCAGGCUUUCAGUACCUGAAUUUCAGGUCCAUCCCUUUGAUGCCCUCGAUGCUUCUCUCUCACUAUGUCCCACAUCCCAGAGGGACACUGAACUGAAAAAAGCAGAGCCAGAAAAGAAGCCAAAGAGAGUUUCUCAGAUCCGCAUCCGAAAGACUGUUCCCAAGCCAGAUCCUAACCUUACCCCCAUGGGACUCCCCAGACGAAAAAGGCUGAAGAAGAAAGAAUUUAGUUUAGAAGAAAUUUACACAAACAAGAACUACAAGUCCCCUCCAAUGACCAGAUGUCUGGAAACCAUCUUUGAGGAGCCCAAGGAGAAAAAUGGAUCUUUGAUCUCUAUCAGCCAGCAGAAGAGGAAGCGGAUUCUGGAGUUUCAGGACUUCACUAUUCCCCGGAAGAGGAAGACACGAAGCAGAGUCAAAGUGGCGGGUAGUUUCACACGAGCCAAAAAGGCUGCAGUGCAGGGCAGAGAGAUAGAUGCCCUCCUUGUUCAGAAACUAAUGGAUCUUGAUGCCUUCUUUGCAGCGGAGGAUGAAAAGGAGCAAUCAUCUGGAAGCUGAGGGAAGAAUUGAGCAGGAAAUGGCUUAGUUCCUUUAAUGCUUUGAUCCACUUGGGAGGGAUCUGCCUGUCUCUCCAGACCUUACCAACCACUCAGUUCUAAUACCUGAUGAUCAGUUGUUGGCUGCCACCCCCUUUGAGGUGCUAGUGUGUAUGUACACUAUAAUGUGCUCUUCCUCCCCAGCCUCUUUAGAAAUUAUGGCUAAUGUUUAAACACCUCCUGCAGGUGUGAUGAGGAGAAUAAAGGAGGAAAUAGUACAUUUUCCAUGACACUAGGAUUCUAAAUACACCUGAAACUUUUGCACAUUUGAGACUGCUGUUUACUGCAGUGGCUUGUCCAGACAACUUGAUGACAGAGAGGGUACUGGGACAGAGCUGAGUUCAGGUAGCUGGGUUCUUGAGACCACAGGAUUCUUAAAUUAAAGAAAAGUAGUUUGGGGAGGGGGAGGGUUAAUUUCUUCCAUGUCUCUGUGCCCAGAAGUUUUCUUCUGAUUGUUGUCCUUCCUGCACUCAGUCAGCAGCAGCCAUAUGUAACCAGGUCUUACAUAAGUUGCACUUUGUAUGUGUUUUUCUUCAUUUGCUGCAUGAAAGGCGCCUUGUACUCUUACUUAUGUUGGACUUUUAUAAAAUCACACAAUAAGAAAAAUAAUACUAAAUGCUAAGCUCUAGCCAAUUGUAGAAUGGAUUUGUUAAACCUGGUUUGCUGGUGCUUUGCUUUUGGAGGGAAAGGGGGAAGGAUCAGUAGUAGCAAGAGGACAUAAUUAAUGUUCAGUUAGCAAAAGUACCCUCAGAUAUAUGGCACCAGGAAUUUCAGUGUGAGGUUUUAAUUCUGACAGAAAAGGAUCUCAACAAAUCAAGCAGGUUUUUUAAUCUCAUUUUUCUACCAUUUUAACUUAGCAUUCUAGUUUGGGAUAGAGCUUCAUGUAGCUUUUAUAAUUAGAAAUUAGUGUGCAGCAAUGUUGUAUAUAAUAGCUAGUGUUAUACAAAGAGGAGGAUUGGGUGAAUCUAAUGCUUAGAAAGUGUUUGGAUUUUUUAAUAUUUAAGGCCAUUAGUAAUCUGAAGUAGCAUUGGGAAGUCUCAGCCAUACUUUAGAGGGAUCAGUGCUCCCCUCUCAGAUCCUUACUUGAAGCUGUGAUUCAGGUAAUUUCUGUUCUCCAGUGCCUACAGAAGUUAUUCAGGCAAAGCUUAAUGACAUGAUGUCAUUGCUGAUAUGCUCAAAUGUUAACAGUUCCAUUCUUUCUUCUCCCUGCCACUUGUAACUUGCACUUUUUUACCUUUGUACCCCCUACAGCAACUCUCUAUUUACCUUCCAAAUCCGUGUCAGACAUCUAAAGCAAAUGAGCUUUGUGAUCUAGUCCAAACAUGAGGUUGAAAAUACCUUGUUCUAUCUUUUGCUGCUCUGCCAGCUUCUAUUUAUUUAUUUAUUUUGUCCUGACCAGAACUUAAAUUCAAGAACUUUGAACAAGCAGGAAAUGUCAGGUAUCACCAUGUGAGACUUCAGGGAAUAAGUUCUAGGUUUGUUCUGUUCCUAGUUCAUUUGCUGGGAUUCUUCCACAGUUUACACCAUUGUUGUGGAGGCUGAUCAUCGUCACCUAGUGAGGAAAAUUGAAAUAGAGACAUGCAAACUACCACUUUGAUGGUUUUAUGCUGGCGGAGGCGGACUUUGGCUCUAUUGAUGUAUGAUUUUUUUUGGGGGGGGGGCUACUACUGUGCAGGUCCAGUUAAUAGUAGCCUCAACAUGAUACCUUAGUCUAUCCUUACCAUAUUCCGAUAGGGAUCCCUGAAAGUAUCUCUUCAUAGUACUGUGGACAUUGUCUUCUGAAAUGUUUUUUAAUCUCCCCAUACAUUCAUGACUUCAGCACUGAUAUUAACUGACUGGAACAGGAGUGGCCAAGCCGCAGCUCUGAAACCACAUGCGGUAUUUGCUAGUUCUGAGCCACACGCCUGGACUGCUCUACACACACACCCUAGUGCCCAAAGGGAGAAGUGCGUGGCAAUGGCAGUGGACCCAGGCAUUGGGUUAAAGCAUGUGGAGGGCUAGGGCUGCCAGGCUCUGGGGGAGAAGGGGAAAUUGGGUUAGCAGGGAGGGCUGGAGAUGCCUGGCUCUGCAGGAGGGAGAGGGUAUUGGGUUAGAGCAGGGCUCUGGGUGUGCCUAGCUCUGGGGGAGAGGAGGAGGAUUGGGUUGGGGGGAAGGGAGCUGAAGCACCUUAAAUCAAAGUCUUUAUGGAUGCAGAAUAAAGCAACCAACACAGAUGUACUAUUUAAAUUCCAGGGC